AUGGCGAUCUGUACUUAUAACGCACGUACGCUUGCAUCGGAAGCGGCCAUCGAAGAUCUGAUGAUGCAAGCCAAGAAGAUCAAGUACGACGUCAUCGGACUGACCGAGACGAGACGACGUCACCCUCUCAACGCCGUAUAUGAAACUGGAGAAGAACUGUUCUUAGGAACAUGCGACAGUAGAGGUGUUGGUGGAGUUGGCGUCCUCGUCAACACGAGUAUGGCAAAGAACAUCGACUCUUUUGAACAACUUACGACCCGAAUCGGACGUCUGCGGAUGAGAAGAUGUGGCCCAAUACCAGCUUUGACUAUCUUCGUCGUUUACGCUCCAACAUCAAGCUACGAAGAAGAAGAAGUCGAAGCUUUCUAUAUGGACCUGGAGAAGUUCUACCAAGAAGAUCAUGCCUUCUACAAGGUCAUAGUUGGCGAUUUCAACGCUAAGGUUGGCCCAAGAAGAACGCCGGAGGAACUUCACAUCGGGACCCACGGCCUACAAUGGAAUGACCAGGAAGAGAGGCUCUCCGAGUUCAUCAUGACGACUAAGACCAUCCAUGGGAACUCGCAAUUUCAGAAGCCCUCUUCUUUACGCUGGACGUGGGAGUCACCCGGUGGAGGGUACCGUAAUGAAAUAGACCACAUCAUCGUCAAUAAAAGGUUCUGCCUGACGGACGUCGGUGUUGUACCAAAGUUCUAUACGGGAUCGGACCAUCGCCUCCUCCGAGGAAGAUUUUCCUUCACAAGGAGAGCAGAGAAAGCCGCCAAGUUCAGAGAGAGAAAUCCCAGGACUACCAUCAACUGGGAUCUCUUCGCUACGCUAGCCGGCUUUUGGGAAGAUUCUGCAAUGGACAACAUCGACGAGGAAUAUGACCGGCUUGUCGAACACCUUCACGACUGCGCGAAGAAGGCUGAGAGUUUUAAAACCACCAAGAGGCGUCUGUCUCUUGAAACUCUUGAGCUGAUACGCCAGCGUGGAGCAGCACGAGCCGCAGGGAACCAAGAACUCACGUCCGAGCUCGCAAGGCUCUGCCGAGAGGCGAUAAAGGAAGACCUUAAAGAGAGAAGAGCAGAAGUGCUGGCUGAAGCUGCAGAGGCGGGGAAAAGCAUCCGCUAUGCCCGUCGAGACUUCGCCAGUCGCAAGACGAGGAUGACUGCUCUCCGGAACCCAAAGGGAACAGCCAUUGCAUCGAGAAGGGGGAUGGAGAAAAUCAUCUACGACUUCUACUCUGAUCUCUUCGACAGCCAUGUCCACUUGCCUCCUCACCAUCUAAGGGAAGAUGGACAAGUCAUUCCAGAGGUUCUCCCGUCCGAAAUACGACAUGCUAUCAUGUCGGUAAGAAAUCGUACGGCACCCGGUCCCGACAGAAUAAGACCAGAACACCUGAAGAGCCUUCCACCAGUACUCAUCAACACCCUGGCGAGGCUCUUUACACGUUAUCUGUCGGAAUGCAAGGUUCCUAAACAGUGGAAGACCAGCAAGACCGUGUUGUUGUAUAAAAAGGGAGAUCCACAUGACAUCGGCAACUAUCGCCCAAUCUGCCUACUGUCCGUCAUCUACAAGCUCUUUACAAGAGUAAUCCUUGAUAGGAUUGAAAAAGUCUUGGAUGAAGGACAGCCAUGCGAGCAAGCAGGGUUUCGAAAAGGAUUCAGCACGAUUGACCACAUUCACACUGUUUCGAAACUCAUCGAGGUAUCACGAGAGUACAAGAUGCCGCUCUGUCUCACCUUCAUCGACUUAAAGAAGGCUUUCGACUCGGUUGAGAAGCGGUCGUGGAAGCCUUGGACAACCAAGGCGUCCCUACUCAAUAUAUAA